GCGAAAUGAACUUGAUCUAGAACAAAAGAUAAAUCUCAUCAAAGAAAAAGAACGUGGUUUAUCUCAUCGUGAAAUAAAAGACAAGUUCCAAGAGUCUCUCGGUGCUGUUUCAAACAUUCUCAAAAGACAAAACGAAUAUAUUAAUGAUUAUGAAACAAAUCAAAACAAAAAAAAAUGAAACGAAAGCUGAAAGAUGAUUUUAGUCAAACGAUUAAUGAUACUGUUUAUGAAUGGUUUGCUGCACAAAGAACCAAAAAUAUUCCUAUAUCUGUUUCAGUAUUACAAGAAUAUGCAAGAAAAGUUGCUGAAGAACUUGAUGAUCAAUCAGGAAAUUUUAAAGCAUAA